AUGGCGGCGGCGGCAAUGGCGGCGGUCGUGUCCCGCUGCGGCGGCGGAGCCCCCCGGGCGCUGGCUCUGCGGUGCCGCCGGCUGCACACCGUGUACCAGAGCGCCGAGCUGCCCGAGACACACCAGAUGCUGCGGCAGACGGUCCGGGACUUCGCGGAGAAGGAGCUGAUGCCGCUUGCAGCGCAGCUGGACAAGGAGCACCGCUUCCCGGCCGAGCAGGUGAAGAAGAUGGGUGGCUUGGGGCUGCUGGCUAUGGAUGUGCCAGAGAAGUACAAAGGAGCAGGCCUCGACUACCUGGCCUAUUCCAUCGCUGUGGAGGAGAUCAGCAGGGGCUGCGCCUCCACGGGCGUCAUCGUCAGCGUCAAUAACUCCCUGUAUUUAGGGCCAAUACUCAAGUUUGGCUCUGAAGAGCAGAAGCACCAGUGGAUCGCUCCCUUCACCAGUGGAGAGAAAAUUGGAUGUUUUGCCCUCAGUGAACCAGGAAACGGCAGCGACGCAGGUGCAGCCUCCACCAUGGCACGCCUGGAUGGAGAUGAGUGGGUUCUGAAUGGAACCAAGGCCUGGAUCACCAACGCCUGGGACGCCUCGGCCACCGUGGUGUUUGCUACUACGGAUAAAUCCCUGAAGCACAAGGGUAUUAGUGCAUUCCUGGUUCCCAUGCCAACACCUGGGCUGUCACUGGGGAAGAAAGAAGACAAACUGGGAAUCCGAGCCUCUUCCACUGCCAACCUGAUAUUUGAGGACUGCCGGAUACCCAAGGCCAACCUCCUGGGGCAGCCAGGAAUGGGCUUCAAAAUCGCCAUGCAAACUCUGGAUGGAGGAAGGAUUGGUAUUGCCUCACAGGCACUUGGAAUAGCCCAGGCAGCUCUGGACUGUGCUGUGGAUUAUGCUGAGAAGAGAAUGGCCUUUGGGUCACCCAUCACAAAGCUCCAGGCAGUGCAGUUCAAGCUGGCAGACAUGGCUGUGGCCUUGGAGGGUGCACGCCUGCUGACCUGGAGAGCUGCUAUGCUGAAGGACAAUGGAAAGCCCUUCACUAAGGAAGCGGCAAUGGCCAAACUGGCUGCAUCAGAAGCUGCAACAUCAAUCGCUCAUCAGGCUAUCCAGAUCCUGGGUGGGAUGGGCUAUGUGACAGAGAUGCCGGCGGAACGCCACUACCGCGAUGCUCGGAUCACUGAGAUCUACGAGGGGACCAGUGAGAUCCAGAGACUGGUGAUCGCAGGCCAGCUGCUGAAGGCCUACCGAGGCUGAGGAAGCUGCCUGCACCAGCACACUGCCCCAAGUGCCUCGUAAUGGUGCACAGUAAUGGAGUUUGACCCUCCUGAAUGAGGCUAUUGAUGGAGGCUCUCCUCACCAAUGAGUAACUGACCCUCUAGUUAAAAUGUGCUGAUUCUUCUUUGGACAAAGUAUGGCACACUGAGGCUGGACUGAGAUUUGUAAGUGAUGGCUGUGAGUGCAGGAGGGUGGAGGCAACCUGGGGCUUUUCCUAAACUGGAGUGUUGGAAUGGCUCGGUAGUGGCAACAUGACAGCACUUGCCAGCCACUGCCUGUUUUGCAUAAUUUGUCACUACAUAGCACUGGAUAACCAGUGCCAGUUAGAGGUGCUGAGAGCCAUGAUCUCUGUGCCCUGCUUCAGGCUGCUGGUCAUGUAUCUCUACAGAUAAGACUUCAAUGGAAUUCAGGUGUGAGAUGCAGCUGUGUGUGAGCUCUUAAUGGGACAGCCUGGGCUGAGGUAAUCCCUUCCAGCA